ACAAGCGUCUUUCUUACAAUGCGAGAAAUCUUACGGCUCAGAAAGAAGGGUUAAUUGAAGGCAGCAGCUCAGUUUCAUUCAUGACUUGAUGCGACGGUGAUAGCGAAGAUAGCGGGUUGCAUUGAUAAAGUAUGCUCUCGUGCGUUCAGUGAUAAAGACGAUUACCAUUCUAUUCACACAAGGUUUUUUUGUGUGAAUAAAAGAAGACAAAAACAAACGCGAUAAAAAAGUAAUUAACUGAUGUUCAGUUGAAUAGAACAUUCAGCGCAGAAUGGCCGCACCGGAUAGUGAUGUCGCGUUCGAUCGGAUCAUGGCGACCGUUGGAGACGAUGGCCCGUUUCAGAAGCGGUACAAUCUUUACUUUAACGUGACAACGGUAAUGUUCGUGUCGAUGACGGUAGUAAAUAUUCUACUUAUAUUGAGCGUGCCGGAGCAUCACUGUUCCGUCCCGGGGAUGGAACUAUACGGUGUGACGUCACAAGCGCAAUGGAGGAAUUUAACGCUCCCCAGCGAAAUCAACAGUCGGGGAGAGCAAGAUUAUAGCGCUUGUUUGAUGUACAAUGUGUCAAAGUUCCCGGCUGGAACACGGCCAGAGCUGAUGAGCUUCCAAGCGAAUGAUACAAUCGAUUGUGUUCACGGGUACGACUAUGAUCGACGGUAUUUCGAUCUAAUUCCCAUAACGGAGCAGAAUUGGGUCUGUGAUAAGGAGCUGCACGCCACUAACGUGUUUGCGUUUGUGCGCGUUGCCGAGGUGGGUGGCACAUUCGUACUUGGCCAGCUGGGAGAUAGGGUAGGCCGCCUGCCAGUGUACCUGAUCAGCAUUGCUACAAUUACAAUCGGCCGGUCACUGGCCGUGUUUUCUGCCUCACGGUACUGGCUGUUCGCGGCGCUGGCAUUCCUGGGCAGUUUCUCGUCUAACACGGGCUUCCAGUCGCCGCUGAUUGUGGCGAUGGAAAUUUCCAAAGAUGAAAACCGAGCCGCCCUCUCGAUGUGGCAACUGUUCGGGUGGACCGCUGGGGUCUGUGUGGCACCAUUGGUUCUCUGGUGGUGUCGAGAUUGGCGCUGGUUCCUAUUGAUCACUACUUUACCCUGUCUCAUGGCGUACUGCUUGCGACCGUACAACAUCGAGUCCCCUCGUUGGUUGGCCAGCCAGGGACGUUACCAAGAUUGCAUCCGAGAGCUGAAGAAAAUCGCUAAAAUUAAUGGAAGACGAUUUGACUACACGGAGCACGAGUUGCGCGAACAGGUUUCACAGAAAGAGGUGGAAAAAACGUACGGGGUAGCAUCGCUGUUCAGCGGGUGGCACAUGACUAAACUUACCACUUUACUACUGAUCGGUUGGGUUUGCAACACUAUACCGACUUUCACACUGUUCCUGCUCAGUAUGCAAAUGGGAGGAAAUCCAUUUCUAAACUUUUUCUGGCAAGGUGCAAUUGAAUUGCCGGCGUACUUUUGCGGGCAAUUGUUGAGUGAUCGUCUCGGACGACGUUUCACCAACAGUGGAGCCUUCCUGGGCGUUGCUCUGUCCUGCGUCCCAGUUGUAUUCAUAAUUCACCACAGUGGCACUGAACUGUACACGACUAUCUUUGCAAUCAUUAUCAAGUUUUUCGUAUGCAUAACCUAUUUCACGCUGUACCUGCAAUCGUUUGAACUAUAUCCAACCUCGCUGAGACAAACGGGAACAUCGUUUGGCAUCAUAGUGGCCAACGUAUUCGGAACUCUUGGUCCGUACAUAGUAUUUCUGGGAACCACCUACGAUCUGCGUCUCCCAUUCGUGGCAAUGGGUCUAAUCGGUAUACUGGGACUAAUAGCAUCGAUUUAUUUACCGGAAACCCUUUACCAGAAGCUGCCGGAAACGAUGGAAGAAGGACGACGCUUCGGCAAGGAUCAACGUUUUUGGAGCUUACCGAGAAAGACGUGCGAUGCAAACAAAGGGGACAUGAGCACACAGCCGUCGAUAGCCGACGGGGAAAAGGAAGGGCUGAAUCGGAACGCAUCCAGCGUUCUUACGUAUUAAUGUAUACUCAUUUUAUGUAUAGAAAUAUGGCAAUGUGUAAGGUGAAAUUAUAAUUUUGAAUAAAUGAAGGUGCUAUUUGUUUGAUUAAUAAAGCUGUAACGUACAAGAAACAGAA